AUGGGUACUGAAUUCAUAGAAGUAGAGACUGAUUUAUCACCAUACCUCAAGAUUUAUAAAGAUGGCACUGUUGAAAGACUACUUAGCUACUUAUAUGUUCCACCAUCACUUGAUGAUUCCAUCACUAAUGUCUCCUCAAAGGAUAUCACCAUUUCAUCAGAAGUUUCAGCAAGGAUUUACCUUCCCAAAAUCACUGAUCGCAGCAGCAAAAAGAUACCAAUUUUAGUGUACUUCCAUGGUGGUGGAUUCUGUAUGGAUUCAGCCUUUGCCUCUAUCUACCAUUCUUAUCUCAAUUCAUUAGCAUGCGGAUCCAAAUCUCUUGCAGUUUCAGUUGAGUACAGGCUUGCACCAGAACACCCUUUGCCUGCUGCUUAUGAAGAUUGCUGGACUGCCCUUCAAUGGGUUGCCUCGCAUUCUAUUGAGGGUUCUGAAACUGAUGGUAAAAAGGAUCCAUGGCUGUUUGAUUAUGGUGAUUUUGAUAAGGUUUAUUUAGGAGGUGAUAGUGCUGGUGGGAAUAUAGUGCAUAAUAUGGCUAUGAGGGCAGGGGUUGAGAGCUUAGUCGGUGGGAUGAAAAUCUGGGGUGCAUUUCUAGCCUUUCCAUAUCUUCUGGAUCCAAAAACUGAGAAAAGAAAUGACAUAGCAAGAUUUCUGAAUGCACUUUGGAAAUUGGUUUAUCCAUCUGCUCCAGGUGGGAUUAAUAAUCCAUUUAUUAAUCCGUUUGCUGAUGGCGCGCCUAAUUUAUCUACAAUUGGCUGUAAAAAGGUGUUUGUUUGUACUUCUGAGAUGGACACCCUGAGAGAAAAUAGUCUGCAUUAUGUUGAAGAAUUGAAGAAAAGUGAUCAUUGGAAAGGUGAAGUGGAGCUGGUUGAUGUAGAAGGUGAGGGUCACUGUUUUCAGGUCUAUGAUGAUCCUAAUUCUAAGAAAGCUCAGAGUCUCGUAAGUAGAAUAGCUUCCUUCAUCAAGGACUAA